AGGUUAUAAGAAUUAAAAAACCUCGAGAAAAUCGAAAAGUACAUAAGACAGAAGCGAAUUAAAAAGAUUAUUGUGAAUUCACAUUCUCGACUGUUCACAUUGCAUCAGUGUUGACGCUGGUUUUGCCAUAAUUUAUUUGCAGCAUAGGAGAACGUGUUUGCCAGAAGAAUACAACUGUAUAUAAUGGUUUAUUGAAAAUUGUUGUUGGAAAUUGUUUUUUUGUUAUGGCCAAAGUGAGUAAAAGUUUUUUAUUGACAAAUAUACAGUCGAGAAGGUUUCGCGUGUCUUCUUGUAAACCGGCUUUUGGAAUUAUACCGUCGUCAGCAAAUUCUAUAAUAAAACUUAACUUGACAACAACCGCGAUUAAAAAUUUGUGCUUUACGCAAGGAUUAUUGAGAAAAACAUUAACAAAAAUGCCAAUAUACGAGAUUAUAGAAAAGGGGACUCCGAACUCUACUGCUUAUAGCAUUUAUUUCCAAUCCGUUUGCGGCAAACCCCUCUCACCUUUGCAUGAUAUACCGUUAUUUGCCAAUAAGGAGAAAGGUAUAUAUAAUAUGGUCGUGGAGAUACCACGUUGGACGAAUGCCAAAAUGGAGAUUAACAUGCAGAGCCCAAUGAAUCCCAUUAAGCAGGAUAUAAAAAAAGACAAAUUACGUUUUGUAGCAAAUUGCUUCCCUCAUAAGGGUUACAUAUGGAAUUAUGGUGCCUUUCCACAAACUUGGGAGAAUCCUGAUCACAUAGAACCCACGACUGGCUGCAAAGGUGACAAUGAUCCGAUUGAUGUCCUCGAAAUUGGAUACCGUGUAGCUAAACGUGGAGAAGUUAUACAAGUAAAAAUUUUGGGCACAGUUGCUCUAAUCGACGAAGGGGAAACCGAUUGGAAAAUUAUUGCAAUCGAUGUUAAGGAUCCGCUGGCUGAAAAACUGAACGAUAUUGAAGAUGUUGAUGUAUAUUUUCCGGGCUUGCUGCGUGCCACUGUCGAAUGGUUUAAAAUAUACAAGAUACCCGAUGGUAAACCAGAAAAUCAAUUUGCUUUUAAUGGUGACGCCAAGAAUGCUGCUUUCGCCACUGACGUGGUAGCGGAAGUUCAUAAAUUUUGGCAGGGUUUAGUUAAAUGUAAAAUAGAAGGAAGUACAAUUUCAUGCUUAAAUACUACUAAUGCAGAGUCUCCGUUCCACAUAUCCGCAGAAGAGGCUGGAAACAUUUAUAAAGAAGCCCCUGAUGGCGGUAUAGCCCAAGAAAUAUCGGAUACAGUCGACAAAUGGCAUUUCAUUCAUUUGAAGUGAACAACAACUGAUGGUAAAAAUGUCCUUAACUGUGAAAAAUAUUUUUCGUAUAUUGUACUUCAAAAGACGUAUCCGGCGUAGGAAAAUCAUUAAAGCAUUUCUUGUUGCAAUUCUAGCCCUAGUGGCAAUUUAUGCUUUUGCACACAUUCACACAAUCUACAAUAUAUUUGAAAAAUCUUAUCAAACAUAUUUUUUUUUAGCAGAUUUCUUUUGAGCAAUUAAUAAAGCAAAAUGUUACAAGCCUGGAGACAUCCAA